AUGGAUACUGAGAAAGCUGUUGCAAGGACGUCGUCUUUCGACGCGUCCCACAAUCUGCACGAGUACAACGAACGUGAGGGAUACAUUAUCACCGACAAUGCGCAUGGUAAUCUGAAGCAUGCCAAUGAUGGCACAACCAUUCUUUUGCCACAACCGUCCGACGACCCGCACGAUCCCCUCAAUUGGAGCUGGAUGAAGAAGCACCUCAUCUUGAUUAUUGUGUCCAUGUCAGCCUUCUUGCCCGACUAUGGCUCCGCGACUGGCGCCGUCACUCUCCUCCCGCAAGCUGCGAUCUGGAACAUGUCUCCCGACUAUGUGAACCACAGCCAGGUUGGCAACGUUUUCAUGCUUGGUGCUGGAGGUGUAUUCGUCGUCGCUUUUAGCGCGUACUUUGGUCGACUACCUGUCCUCUUUUACUUCUUGGUUGUCGCUACAGCUACGGCGAUAUGGUGUGCGGCCGCUGCGGAGCUCAUGUUCAUCUACGAUAUGUUUUAUUUCCAUGAGAGAGCAAGAAAGAUCAACAUCUGGGCCGCAUUCAUUAUUCUCUCACCAUACUUCGGACCAUUGUUCGCUGCUUUCAUCAUUUCGACUCAGAAAUGGCAGAUUCCCUUCUGGGUCUACGUGGCAGAAACGGCUCUCUGUUUGAUUCUCACCAUCUUGUUCGUCGAAGAGACCUACUACGACCGCCGCCUGCCGAUCGAAUCUCAACCUGACCGAGGCUCCCGAAUCUCACGCCUUAUUGGGCUAUCGCAAUGGAGAUCCCGACAUCUGCGCAACACCUUCGGUCAGGCUAUGCUCCGUCCCAUCAAGGUCCUCAUCAAACCAACUGUCUUCCUAUCAUCGUUCUACUAUCUCCUGACCUUUGCUUGGGUCGUUGGCAUCAACACAACGCUCGCCAUCUUCCUCACACCACUUUACAACUUCGGACCCUUGCAAAUCGGUUACUUCUACUUCACGCCGAUCGUCGCAGCAAUACUGGGAGAGAUCCUCGGCCACUGGCUGCACGAUCUCAUCGCGAAUCAGUAUAUCCGCUCCCACAACGGCCACUUCGAGCCCGAGGCUCGCCUACGAGCCAUCUUCGUGAGCACGCCAUUCAUGCUCGCUGGACUAGUCGGUCUGGGCUUCGCCCUCGAGGAAGGCUUCCACUACAUGAUCACGAGUCUCUUCUGGGGACUGUAUGUCUUCGGCAUCAUGAUCACGACUGUCGCCCUCAACGCGUACAACCUUGACAGUUAUCCGGAGGCUUCUGGUGAGGUAGCUGCGUGGAUCAACAUGGCUAGAACGACUGGUGGGUUCAUCAUCUCGUACUUUCAGGUCACUUGGGCACAAGCGCAAGGUACGAAGGUCAGCUUCGGUAUUCAGGCCGCGAUCUGUGCCGCGGCGUUCUUCAUUAUUAUCGCCCUGAUGGUAUUCGGGAAGAAGUUGAGGCUGGCCUCUGGGCCGUUGAAUUUCGCUACUGCGUAG